UUUGACGCUGCACCUCUGACAUUUGUUCUCCCUUCCACCCCCCGUUACAACUUUGUUGAGCGUAUCAGCCUAGGACCUGGCCCGUCCGCGUCCCUACCGCGAUACCUACAUAAAUCAACAGCUUUAUCCCCCACGUUCCCUUGGUCGCAAAAUUCGAUUCUUUAUCAUUUUUUGCUUCGUCGGGUAUGCUCAUGUUCCGCUUUUGGAGUUCAGAACCAAGGGGAAGCGAUAAAACUCUACAAGUUGAACAGCCUAUGCUUGAUUUCAGCAAACCACAAAAACCUUGGGUGCCGUCAGAGUCUCCUGUUACAACUACCACGUCGCCUACAACACCGAGGCGGCGCAAACAGAGCAACGUCGCGAUAGCGUCGCAACUUGCUGCUCCUUCUCCCGCGCCAAAGCGGACGAGGACGGAUGAUGAUGAGGGUGAUGAUCGUGCCAAGGCGCGUAAGCGGGUGGCUUUGUCGGUAGGAGAUUGUGAAAGGGAUGUACCGCGACCCUUGUCGCAGAAGCCCGAUAUGGACCGCGCUAGAGAUGCUAUCGAACAACAGUUCAGUCUUGAGAUUCUACUCAAACACGAUGAGCUACGAUUGAUAAAUCAAGAACUUGCCAAAUGCCAGGUGGCUUUGGAACAACUACGCAGAUGUCAUCUAAUACCGUAUCCACAGAACGUUCCUACGCCGGAACAAAUGUUGAACAUCAUGAAUGGGUCGGGCGCAGCCUUGCAACCGAAGUUGGGCGAACAGCUGCCUCAGUGGGCACCACCCUUUGGCGUUACUGAUGGCCCGUAUGCCCGGCACUAUGCCAAGUGGCUCAUACCCGAUCCCAAGUUCGAUGGUAUUCAGCCUGAGACUCAUGUCCAAGCCGAGGCCUCAAGAUACAGAACUUCGAUAGACGGUAGAUCGACAAGAAAUAGUUUCGCUGAGCCAGGUGCACCACAAGGUAGAGGUCGACCAGUAAGGGGAUCGGCAGGUCAGAAGCUCCAGGCCCUUUCAAGUGGUUAUCCGCCUCCCAAGGACAAGAACGGCCCUUGUGUUUUGAAACGAUCCGAUGGGAAAACUGUGAAACUUGUUUGCAUUGACUGCCAUCGCGAGAAUUUCUCGAGCACGCAGGGCUUUAUUAAUCACUGUCGCAUAGCGCAUAAGAGAGACUUCAAGAGCCACGAAGAAGCGGCGGUGCACUGCGGUCAUCCUAUCGAGGUUACCGACCCAGUAGGUGUUGUAGGAGAAGAGAAACCUGUGAGCCAGAGCAUCCCUCCGUCUGGCCUAGUUCACCCAUUCGUACGCGAAAACGCUAUGUCGGAUUCCGAGGCUUGCUUUUCUGUUGUGCGUCGUAUCUCAGAAUCGUUAGAAAUGUAUCGGCGCGGUGAAUUACCCGGCAUUUCUUCUAUUCCUGGUGUCGCUGAAAGCUCUCAGAGAGCACCAUCAGUGACGACGACAAAACAACAAUCAGGUUUCUCACCUUCUGCUGAGUCUCCACACCUGUCCAGCCUACUUCAAAACAAAGGAUUUAAGGGCAAUUUAGGGGAGUUGGUGAGUGAUGCAAAGGCCAAGGUUGACCUCGAUCAAUACUUUUCUCCUGAGGAAGAGUCUUCGGAUGAGGUUGAUUCCAGUGUUAAAGGUAUCAAAGGCACUAGAGUCACAGCGUCAUACCAAGCACCAUCUCUUGUGCGAGUCCCCGCGAGGGCAACAAUGUCGCCUGCCCUCGCUACAACCCGACCCACCAGCAGCAAAGGCCACCCUCCUCUUGUACCGUAUGUUACCCCCGUGCCAACCCCUGCUCCUCGAGUCAUGUCGGGUCCCGAACCCGACGAGGUGAUUGUAGAUGACGAUAUGUUGGAUGUGGAUUUGAGUCCCCAUACAGCCGUUAGCAACAAUGCACCCUCGCUUGUUAGUGACGAUGGCGAGUACGACGAUUCCGAAGCCGACUCUGAGGUUGAGUCAGACGUGAACGAUAGUAUCGGAGCACAAUCGAUUUCGGAUGUCGACGAAAUCGACAUCGAGGAUGACCACAGUGGCGCGCGUUCUAUUCGACACCAUCGUGGCUCUACAGGUGCGGGAGCUGGGACAACAGUGCGCCUACGCAAAGAUGAUAGCAAGCAUGUCGCCUUUGUAAGCCCUAUUAAGGGCAGUGGGAACGAAAACCAGAGGCGAGGCCGCAGAUAAACCCCGAAGUUAAUAGCGGAAUUACUUUCGCGUAGACCUACGCGCCAGAUGGCCACGAGGGGAUGCGGAAUGAACUUUUCAGUUUGGAUUAUACCGAUUUCUUUUAAACAACAACCCUUACCAUACUACCUUUAUUGCUCCAUUCGCCUUUUAUUCAAUUCUUUUUUUUUUCUCG